UAGUUAGGAUUACUUCGCCAUCACUGUCAAGUCAAGCCCAGGCAAAAUUGAUUCUCCUCAGAAAAAUUAAUCUCUUCGCCUCGAUAAAGUCCUCUCUGUUAAUCUUGAAAAUGGCAAAACACAAUGGACGAAAACGUUGCACGAAAGCGAAUAAAGAUAUGAUUGGUAGAUUGCCUAAUGUGGUUCUUGGUCAUAUACUCUCAUUUCUUCCUACAAAAGAUGCUGUGCGAACCAGCGUUUUGUCCAAAAGUUGGAGAGAACUCUGGACAUCACUUUCCAAUUUUGAUUUUGAUGAUCGCAUGCUGUGGCCGCGGCUCUCAGCAGAAAGACAGAUCAUCUUUGGGGAUUUCAUGGAUCGGUUUUGUUAUCUUCACAACUCUCGUGAAAACUCUAUUACAAAAUUUCGUCUCAGAGUAAAUGGAAGCUAUCCUCCUUCCCGUAUGAGUGCGUGGAUUUCUGCUGCAAUUAAGGACAAUCUUGAGGAGCUCAAACUUUGGAUAUACACAGCGGAUCAUGUUCCGUUUCCUCGGAGAAUUUUUAGCUGUGAGAAGUUAGUGAUUUUGGACCUUGGUUAUCAAAUUGAUAUUGAUCUUCUUGGUGUUGGUGUACACUUUCCAUGUCUCAAGGUCCUUCAUCUUCAAGAACUCUCAAUGUUUGAUGAUCAUGCCUCCAUAGAGAAACUAUUAGCAGGUUCCCCAGUCCUCGAAGAACUGAAAAUCGAACACGAAGAUUGUGAAUCCAGGAACGUUUUACGUAUAUGCUCAAGCUCACUGAAACGCUUGAUCAUAAGAUUCCCAUUGGUUGCUUAUGACGAGAAGGAUCCUGGUUGCAGAGAACUUACUCUUGAUACCCCAAACCUCGAGCUUCUUAAACUAACUGAUCUCGUGUCCGAGAAGUUAAACAUGCUGCAGAUUCCGUACUCACUAGUCGAGGCAGCUCUCAGUGUUGCUUAUAAACAUGUCUUCACCAUAAAAGUAGAUGAUUAUAUUGACAUGGCGGGUCAGCUUUUGAGACCGAUCAUGACGAUUGUCAAGAUCUUACGCUUGUGUGAAACUACUAUGAGGACAUCCCCUUUACAGAUGUUAUCAGACGCAGUUCAUAAGAAGUUGCCUUGUGUCGGCAAUCUUCCUGAUUUUCAGAAUUUGACUCGUUUGGAGAUUGAAGCUAGUGGGAAUGAUCGCUGGCUGGUUUUGCAUGAGAUACUCAAAUGCUCUCCUAAGUUGGAAGUCUUCAUCUUAUACAAGGACUCGACAGAGAAAACUCCCAGAUGGCGAAAUCCUGCAUUCGUGCCCCGGUGCUUAAGGUCGUCCCUUAAGGUGAUCGAGUAUGUGGGUUUUGAAAGCGAGUUGGGGGAGAUAGAAAUGGCUGAAUAUUUCAUAAAGAAUGCAUUGGUCUUGGAGAAGAUGACUAUCGAAUAUGGAUGGAAAAUGAUUCAUGAUUUUAAAGAGCGCGUUGCCGAGAGGUUGACAGAGUGUCGUCGGGGCUCCAAAGCAUGUCGAAUUGUAUUUUCACCUUGA